UAAUAUCUUGACAUUUACAGAAAUAUUUAUAGCAUGUUACAGAUACUCCUCUCCUUGAGAAUAUUAAAAUGGACGAUACUUUAGCAAUUAUCGAAUUAUUAGGUAAUAAAGUCAAACAUGGUAUGGACGUUUUAAAUGCAUCCGACAAAUAUCUUGAAACAAUGGAUGAAGCCUUGCUAGACAAGUUAGAAACAUUGUCGAUCGCUACAACCUCAGUAGAAGGCAGAACAAUGCGUGUUAACAGCGGUGGGCCAUUAUUUCCAAGGUUUCCAUCUUGUGCGACUCCGGCUGCUCCUCUGUCGGAGGACGAGGACGAAGUCCCGUCUCGAAACGCAUUGAAAAGGCAAGCGCAGUUGCUCGUUGAUACCAAAAGCCGUCGUAAAGGAUUCACCUUUAGAAGAUGAAUUGUUUAAAUCGUUCGAACGUAAAAACAAAGUCAGCUAUUAUAAAACUUUUCUUAUGAUCUAUGUUGUACAGAUCGUGUUUCGCAAUUCGCAACCAAAAUUUUAAUAUAUUUUUUACUUAAA